AUGGUAUCAUUCGUGCAACUAGUCGUGCAAAUCCGUGAAAUCUUUGGCCAAAAAAUGGUCGACGUGGAUGAGGUGAAGAAGUUGAUGGGUUCUUACAAGAGUAAUAUCAACGAGUGGAGACGAUUCGCCAUUUUUGAUAUGAAUAAGUACACCCGUAACUUGGUUGACAUCGGAAAUGGAAAGUACAAUCUGAUGAUUUUGUGUUGGGGACCUGGUAUGGCUAGCAGUGUCCACGACCACACCGACGCUCAUUGCUUCGUGAAAAUCCUGGACGGCGAGUUGACUGAAACCAAGUACGAUUGGCCGAAAAAGAAGCACACCCCACUGGAAACUAUCGAGAAUAAGACGUAUGGCUUGAAUGGGGUGUCUUAUAUGAAUGAUGAGCUCGGCCUUCACCGGAUGGAGAAUUUGAGUCACUCGAAUGGAGCAGUCUCCCUUCAUCUGUAUAUUCCACCAUACAGUACUUGUAAUGCGUUUGAUGAGAGAACCGGAAAGAAGACCCAAUGCACUGUCACCUUCUAUUCCAAGUAUGGAGAAAAAGUGGAUUACAAGGGAUGCAAGGAGGGAAAAUAA